UGACUCAAUACGUCACAUCUUCUGUCAAGAGAGAUUAACACGUUUUCAAAUCACAUAUUUACAAAAAUGAUACUAAUUUAUUGAUUCCGAUGACAAACCACAAAAAUUUACAAUGUGUAACUAUUUUCAGUUCGAUUACAAAGCUCUCAUACGCAUGAUAAAUAUAGGAUAAUCGCAGUUAAAUAUUUUUUUAUUUAUUAAUGUAACGCAUUAGAAAAGUUAUAAUCGCGAUGUGGAUUUUUGGAUAUGGAUCCCUUAUAUGGAAAAUCGACUUUCCGUACGAAGAGAAAAUUUUAGGAUACAUCAAGGGAUUCGACAGAAGGUUCUAUCAAUUGAGUACGGAUCACAGAGGCACACCGGAGAAUCCUGGAAGGGUGGUUACUUUACUACCCUCUAAUGGAGAUUCCAAAGUGUAUGGAGUGGCGUAUAAGAUCAGAGAUGCUGAAAUUCAAGAUGUAGUCGAUCAUUUAGACUACAGAGAAAAGGGUGGUUACGAAAAGACUGUUCUCAAAUUCUACCCCCUAUCCAAAGAUAAACAGCCUUUCGAUAUAACAAUUUACCUUGGGGAUCACAACAAUUUCAACUACGGAGGGCCUGCUGAAUUGAAAGAAAUAGCAAAACAGAUUGUAAACAGCAGCGGGCCCAGCGGCCCUAAUAUUGAAUACCUUUUUAAUUUGGCCAAUUCCAUGAGAGUGUUCUUUCCGCAAGUUCACGAUGAGCAUUUAUUUGAACUGGAAAAACAUUGCCUCAAUUUGUUGAACAAAGAAACGAAAAAUGUUUGAAGUUAACCAAUCUAAAUCGAUUGCGACGAAUUGCGACAAUUUUUAGGUAUUCCCGUACUUACUGAGAGAGAUUUUUGUGUCACUUUUGAAAACUUAAUAAAACAAUGUAAUUUGUUUUGUAUUAUCAGAUAAACGUUAUUAGCGAAUGCAAGUUUUUUGUCACUAUAGAAUUUUUUGUGUUGUGUUUGUGUAAAAGUUGUAAUUAUUAAAUUUUAUUUAACACAUAACUUAUAUUAUUUGUGGUAUAAAACUAGCUAAAAUAA